CCUCCCCGGCACAAUAUAAGCCACCGCGCGGUGACAUCCCUGCACUGCCCAGGAUGGGAACCCGCUCGGGAGAACUGCCCCAGCCCCAGGACACCACCCCGGCCCUCCCCCCCUCUGACCCUCAGCGCCCCCCCGGGGCAGGCAGGGGCCCCGUGGCAGACCCUGGCCCUCCCCCGGCCCGGCGGCAGUUUGACAUGCUGUACCAAAUCGAGGACGUGCCCCCCUGGUAUCUCUGCAUCCUGUUGGGCUUCCAGCACUACCUGACCUGCUUUAGCGGCACCAUCGCCGUGCCCUUCCUGCUGGCUGAGAGCCUGUGCGUGGGCAAGGACCAGCUGACCGUCAGCUACCUCAUCGGCACCAUCUUCACCUGCGUCGGCAUCACCACCCUCAUCCAGACCACCGUGGGCAUCAGGCUGCCGCUGUUCCAGGCGAGCGCGCUGGCCUUCCUGGUGCCCGCCAAGGCCAUCCUGGCACUGGAGAAGUGGCAGUGCCCACCUGAAGAGCAGAUCUAUGGCAACUGGGUGCUGCCGCUCAACACCUCCCACAUCUGGCAGCCCCGCAUGCGGGAGAUCCAGGGGGCCAUCGUGGUGUCCAGCCUGGUGGAAGUGUUCAUCGGGCUGCUGGGGCUGCCCGGCGCGCUGCUCAACUACAUCGGGCCGCUCACCGUCACCCCCACCGUGUCCCUCAUCGGCCUCUCCGUCUUCCAGGCUGCUGGUGAUCGGGCCGGCUCGCACUGGGGCAUCGCUGCGCUGUCCAUCGUUCUCAUCGUGCUCUUUGCGCAGUACCUGCGGAACGUCACCGUGCGCCUGCCCGGGUUCCGCUGGGGACACGGCUUCGUCCUGCUGCGUGUGCAGAUCUUCAAGAUGUUCCCUAUCAUCCUGGCCAUCAUGGUGAUGUGGCUGCUCUGCUACGUGCUGACACGUACUGACGUGCUCCCCAGCAACCCUGAGGAGUACGGCUACAAGGCCCGGACGGACGCGCGUGGGAAUAUCCUCUCGGUGGCCCCCUGGUUCCGUUUCCCCUACCCCUGUCAGUGGGGGCUGCCUACAGUGACAUCAGCAGCCGUGCUGGGCAUGUUCAGUGCCACGCUGGCCGGCAUCAUCGAGUCCAUCGGGGAUUACUACUCCUGUGCGCGGCUGUCAGGAGCGCCUGCACCCCCGGUGCACGCCAUCAACAGGGGCAUUUUCACAGAAGGCAUCUCCUGCAUCAUCGCAGGGCUGAUGGGAACCGGUAACGGCUCCACCUCCUCCAGCCCCAACAUCGGGGUGCUGGGCAUCACCAAGGUGGGGAGCAGGAGGGUGAUUCAGUACGGCGCUGGGAUCAUGCUCAUCCUCGGCACCAUCGGAAAGUUCACCGCGCUGUUCGCCUCGCUGCCCGACCCCAUCCUUGGCGGGAUGUUCUGCACGCUGUUUGGCAUGAUCACGGCCGUCGGCCUCUCCAACCUGCAAUUCGUUGACAUGAACUCCUCCCGCAACCUCUUUGUGCUGGGCUUCUCCAUGUUUUUUGGGCUGACGCUGCCCAACUACCUGGAUGCCCACCCCAAGUCCAUCGACACAGGCGUCCCCGAGCUGGACCAGAUCCUGACGGUACUGCUGACCACCGAGAUGUUUGUGGGAGGCACCCUGGCCUUCAUCCUGGACAACACCAUCCCAGGGACACGGGAGGAGCGGGGACUGGUGCAGUGGAAGGCUGGUGCGCACGCAGACAGCACGGCCUCAGCCGAUCUGAGGAGCUACGAUUUCCCCUUUGGGAUGAGCGCGGUGAGGAGGAGCCGCUGGCUGCGGCACGUGCCCAUCUGCCCGCUCUUCACCGGCUUUGCCUGGCGGGCAAAGAAGAGCCACGCGGCAGAUGACGGCGCGCAGGACGGCGCCGACGGGACGGCUGUCUGCACCAAGGUGUGACGGCGGCGGCUGCGGAGGGGCUGAGCCAAGCGCUGGGCUCCCAUCACAGAGCACCGCCCGGGCUGCGAGCCCUCCGCUCCCAACGCAGCGCCGGGGGAAGGCGCUGCCUGUGGGAAUGGCAUUGGCUUGGUUUAGCGUGGGGCUGCCGUGACAGCAGGGCUCCCAGGUGCCGGCCUCAGUCCACGCUGCCUUGAGACGCGCUCAAAGCCCUGCUGCGGCUCAGCAGCUUCCAUCGAGGCGCCGGGACCACCAGGCUGCGCCGUGCCCUUGGCUCCUGCAGGGCCGCACAGCAGAUGCAGCUGGUGCUGCACCGGGUCCAGCAAUCGGAGCGGUCCGUUUUAAGGUUAUGCAUUAAAGAAAAUCCAAACCCACGG